CCACACUUGUUUGGAGGAGCAGGACUUUCUGGCAGACACAGUGUGUGAUCUGCGUUAGAGGAGAAAAAGAAUGACCUGAGGAGGGAGAGACUGGAAAACAACCUCAGAAAGGAAGCAAGGAUUGACUGCAGCAGACAGGGGCAGAAACUGACAGGAAAUCAAGGCAUUUUUCAUUUCCAGAGAAGAAAUCCUGGACUGGAAGAGCAAAAGUAAGAUUCUUCUUUGCAAAAAAACUUUUUUGAAAAUGUUUUUUGGUUGAUGCAAUUCUGUGAGUGUCAAAGCAAGUGAGUGAUAGAAGAGGCAGGCAUGUCAGCAUCAGGUGCAAAGGUUGAGCCGGUCCACACACACACAUGCACAUAUUAAAACUGCACUUGUAAAUGAAUUCCACUUAGUAGCAUACAUGCCUUAACACAUACACACUCACAAGUGUGGGACAAUCCGUUCCCAGAUAUCAGACCUUGAAUGCCCUGAACUUCCUCUCAGGAGGAUGAUAGUUGUAAAAGGCAAGAAAGAAAAAUAAACCCGGAUUGUCUCUGUUUAUCAUCAUUAGCGUUGGCUGCAGCAAAGUGCUGUUGUUCAUCAAGAGGAAGUCAAACUCCUGAAAUGCUGACGGUUCUUCAGAGUUUCACCAUGUGUAGGUUCAUUCAUUCAUUCAUUCCAGGCCGUGCAACAAGUGUUUCGAGCAAAUACUGUAAAAGCUACAAAGGAUGAUAAUGACUGCUUUCACUUUGUGGGAUUACAGCACAAAGUUGGCUCAGCACCAGCUUGUCCCUGAGGGUUCCCACUCAUUUUUAUGUCAACAACCCACCACAGUAGAAACCUCCCUGGGCUGAAAAUUGAAGCCGGUAAUGAAGUGCCAAAAACCGCAGAUUCUUAAAACCACCGUAAGGAGUGUUAGAACUAAUGUCAAUCUAAUAUUGAUGCCUCUUCAUGACCUACAUGACAGGCAACAAGGUGGGUGAUUUCUUUAAAUUGAACUUGGAUUUUUGGGUCUGGUUUUCCAUGAAAAGGUAGAAUUCAUUUAUCACACUCGUGCCAUGCUUAGAGCAUUAUUGGCAAACUCAAGCAGCAACCCACUGAGAAAUAGAUGUCUAGUUUUUCUUUGACCCAAUUUCAACUGUCUAGGUUGUGUAUAUUUUUAGAUGGAAUUUAGACGUUGCACUUUAUCUGAUUAUUUGAUCACUAUUUAUUUCAAAAACCAAAUGUGAGUUGCAUAACUGAUCUCCAAUUACUUAACCAAAAUAAUUAUGAUAGCCACUGAGCAAUAUAUAGUGUAGUAUAGAUAUAGCCCAGAUUUAGACUGAGUUUAAACUUGGUCUACAUUAAGACGUCUAAAAAAACGUUCAUUUUUUAACUAGUGGUAGCCUGAUUUUAGACAAGUUGUCUCGGCUACAUUUACACAUCUAUUAAACCUCUUUUAGACCAAAAAAUGCUCAGUGGGAAGAAGCUAGGGUAAAAUUGAACACAUCUUAUUGGUAAAUGUUAAAAUUGGCCAAAAUUUAUCCAACUGCUUCACCCUUUCUGUGUGUCACAUUUUUAAAGUCAAGUGGCAUAUAUUUUGUCACCAGUGCUUGCUCUGUUCUUUGCUGCUUCUCUCCCUGCCUCAGGCUUUGGUGGGAGGACCACACCUGCUCUUUACUGCCAUUGUACAUUUGCACAUGACAGGGCAGGGAGCUUCCACUAAAUGUAACUUAUUGCAUGCCAUAGACUGUAUAUAGAAUAGACGCCGUCUGCCUCCUCCCUGGGUGGAGCCCCCUCAAGAACAGCACCCUCAGUGAUGAGUUGCAGUAAAGAUCAUAAGCUUCAUAGGGAUUGCUGGAGGAGCAAUCCCUAUGAAGCUGUGGACAAACCUUAUUAAAUUUUAUAACCUUACAGAAUAUAAAAUUUUCUUCCCCCUGGUUGCGAUGCUGACAUGUAGUCCUCUUUUUUCUGUGCAGCUCCAUUUUUAAAAGUUAUUAGGGGAUUAAUGUUUUCUAUGAUUGACACUUGAUUCAGCCUAUGGGCUUACGAGGAUUGUGUAGCUCACCCAGGGUAUCUGCUGUUUGAGCUGAGCAUCAUUACAGCGACUCUUGGGGACUCUCCCACUGAAUGCAUACAAUGCUAAUGUCCAAGUGGUGGAGUGCGUACAACGCUACUACGCAAUGUUGGUUUCAGUAAGUGGAGAAAAAAAUGGAAACACUGAGAGCUUUUUGGCUUCAAAUCUGUAAACUGCUGGAAGGCUGAACCAGGUUGUCCAUAAUAUAUACAGCCUGUGUUGCAUACAUGUUGCUUUACCUCUCACCUUGCUCACCUAUGCAUCUCUGAAUAGAAAAUGUCACUGUCCUGUAGCUGCAGUCUUUCCUUGUUGACUUUGCCACCAGAGCUUGCACUGAAUUGUCUUCCCUUGGAGUUGUUCAACUAACUCUGGCCAGUACAUUUUCAGUUUCACCACCUCUGUCUUUUCUCCCCAACAUCUGCAUAAGAGUUCUCAACAUUUCAACUCAUUCUGUCCCAUUGGAAAUCAUAUAAUAAAAUUCAUGAACCAGUUGGGAGAAAAUCAGUUGUCUGAGAAUGAUAAAUCAAAAACAUACUUUCACCGGUGCUGUGCGUGGGAAGUCAUCCAUUCUUCCAUCCUCUACCAGACUUGAAACGGAUAUUGUCCUAUUUUCCCUCACAGAUGAGAAGUUAGCAAGCGGAUGAUUUUUUUUUUCAAAUAUUCUUUCUGAUAUUCAUCAGUGUAUAGGGCAUCACUGGCCCAAACUAUCAAAAACUGUUUUAUUGGUGCUUUUAUCUUGUAUUUUUACCUACAGAACGUUUUGUUGUUGCUAUAAAAACAAUUUGGGUCACACUGCAUCCGGUAGUUUCCUGACGGAUGUGGUGAAAACCAGACUCAGUCAGCUCUAUGCUCACAAAUUCAGCCUGAGGAUUUAUCAGACCGAUGAAAGUUAACAGCACAGAAGGGAUCUCCUCUGGCCUUCAGGAGCUGUUUAACAAUCUUCACUCUCUUCUUUACCAUCUUGUUGAAUUGUGGGAAAGUGCCUGGAGAGGGGUUGAACCCUUGGCUGGAAAACUGUGGACUAUUGUAGGUCACCGAGGAAUCUCAUGCUUUACAAAAACAAGUUUUAAUGGGUGUGACCACUUGUUAUCUCAGCUGGGCGAAAGUCUGGAGGGAAUCAUGCAUUUAGAGUUUUUGUAUGGGUGUGGAUGUUUCUGUCUGCAGCUCAAACACAAUUGGAUUUUCCGGUCUUAAAAAUUCUAUGUGCAGAUUUAUGCCUGAAUGAUCAGUAUUGUCGACUUAAUUCACGUGCCUCGCAAGCUGCUGAUAGACAUGGCUCUUACAUGAUGGGUACCUGCAAAUGAAACUCUUAACAAAGAUGAGAAGGAAGCAGUAUGGCUGUUAUGUUGGCUUCCUCCACCGUAAACUUUCUGAUCGAAACAGGUGAAUCUGUAGAGAUGUUUAUGAAAAGAGAAGAGACUUUUUGAAGUGCAACAAGGCUCUCUGUUUCUAACAUUGUUAUCCAUGCACUGAUCUGAAUGGGUAGGGAUGCUAUUAAAACAAGAUGCUGUGCUGGUUGGCUGGCAGAUAGAUGCAGAGGUGGAAAAACACAAAAACAAAGUUUGAUCCAUACGCUGUCUUUGCAUUAUCUAUUUAUUAGUCUGACUGUGAGAAGUUCGAUUAACUGUGAUUAUUUCAGUCCAGCUAAGGUGAUAGAUUGACAGUUAAUACAUGUAAAUGUUAUUUCCUCUUUCUUGCCUUAUGUGUGUAACUUUAUACUUUCCACCUUCAUUGUUAAAGCAGUCUGUAGUUAAGAGGUUGGCACAAAAGACAACUAUAGCCAUACAGCCAGCGUGUUGUUCAAAACAAAAAUUUAGACUUUUUUUCUUUUUCUUUUUUUUUUGGUGCUGGGACAGAAACAGGCAUUUGUGUUUGCUUUUGGAACCGAUGACAGGGCAGUUGGCAUGUCUGGCUCAAAACUUUGUCAAUAGAGUGGGAUGAAGCAGAAUCAGUCAAAGCGUGAGCUGAGCUUGAAUUCGCGUUCAUACCUGUGUAAAUGACUCCUGUCAUUACAUCACCACAGGAGUCAAUCCAGUUUUCCUCUUAGAAGUUACUGUAGGAGCCAUAAUGUUGCUUUGUUGAUCGGUUAUCAAUUACUUUUCUCUGGUUGUCAUUGGUUUCGCUGGGUUUCGGGUCACGUGGGCACUGUGUUUGAAAGCCGGUUGGUUAUAUAAGGAGCUGUUUCACCUGCGCUGGUGUGGAGAGGUGAGCCUAGGUAGCUGUAAUUUUUGUCGACACACACUUUAUGUUUUUGUUUGCUUUGAUAUAUGUCGCAAAGUGUACACACACAAUAUCUAAUGUGCGCAUGAAAAUCAUUGGCCACCGUAUAAGUGUUUUUUUUUUGUGUUAUUAAAGCUCCAAAACCUCACUGAACUGUGGGUGCUUCUUUGAAGCAGCCAAAUAAACAGGACGUUUUAAGUUAUUGGGAAAGCCGCAAUAGCUACUCUUCCUGGUCUGUAGGCUACAGAAACAAUGCAGAGGCUCUUCGGCUCCCACAUCAUGUGUUUGUAGGCUGGAGGAUGACUAAAUGCAUACAGUGUGUCUUGACAAGAAAAAAUUUAGUAUUUAUGGUAUAUAAUGUAUUUCCCAUACUUGUGUCAUGAACAAAGCUCAUAGAGGGAGAAUGCAGCUCUCAGCUCAUCCUUUUUCUGUGCAUUUUUGGUCGUUGAUGAAACACAGUUGUAUGUCAAAUGUUUAGUUGUUCAGGGAUUUAUUAUUUUUUUUUUUAUGCAGUCUUUUAAAGGGAAAAACCCUCACGAUUGUUAUCCUUCAAAGAGUUUUCUGCCUUAUUUGAACUCCAGGUGCCCGUGCAGGAGGGUACAUGUUUGCCAGGCUGGACUUGUGCAAUACGUCUCAGGACAAGCACGCACCAAUUUAAUAAAAAAAUUGCGUAAGCUGUGGUACACCCCGGCAUGUAAAGACUUGCAGUGACAGAUAAGGCACGGCUCCAAACAUUCACACACCCACUCAUCCACAAAUCUUAGACAACAUCUCUCCCCCCUUCUCCCUCUUUCUGUCUGUCUUUUCCACAACCAAGCUCCCAUCCUGCUCCGACCAGAGAGGGGUUAUGUAACAUUUUGGAGGGAACACUGAACAGAUGACCCAGUAAUAAGUUUUAGAUUUUUUUGAACUGCUUCAUCAUGAAUUGAAGAUAAGAAUCUGCUGAUGUACCUGAAAGGUGGCAUGUUGGAAGUUGACUUUAAGUUAAGUCAGUGCAUGCAGGAAUGAAGCUGCAUGAUUUAACCUCAUUUUAGCUUUGUGGAUCCCCAGCUGAUUGACUGUGUCUCACUGGUUGAUUGGAGACAGUCAACUUGAAUAAUCAUUGUCUUUGUUUCUGAAUUGUGAUUGCAACCCAUAUUUGCACAUUCUAUUAAAGAGGCGAUGAUAGUAGUCUUCUGUGUUUACUGUUAAUUAAUAAACAAAUGAUGAUCAACAUCAAACCCUCUUGGUAGUUAGUGGCUCUGUCAGUCUGUGUUCAUCUGUUAAAGUGUGCAAAAGUUAGCGUGUAGUUUUUACAAGUUUAAACAAUUGUGAUUAUGGACAAAAAUAUCUCUCAGCUCAGGAAAUGUAUACUUUGCAAUAACUUCUGUAUAUACCAUCUGAGUGACGAAAGUGAACACAUUCUGUAGUUUGAUUCUUAUUUUCACCUCAUAAAUAGAAGGACUCUAAAGAAACUAGCAUGCGUAUCACAAAGUUUGAUUUCACCUCAAUCUGUAACUACCACCCUCUCUGCAUUGAUGCUUCCUUUUUUGUUGUUCUGCUUGUUUUCUAAGGCUAAAGAAAUUGAAGUGAGAGAGAGAAAAAGACCAGUGACCUAAUACUUUGUUUUAUAGGUGUUUGUGUCAGAGAUGGCAGCCCAUAAUUUAAGCCUACUACUGCACGCUGAGCAAAAGCAGAGUUCUCUUAUCUGAUUGCUGGUUUAUAACAAAAAAAAAAUCUUACCCUGCUUUUUUACAGCAGUCAAGUAUGCUAGCUUUUCUUGCUCAUAUAAAGAAUAACAGUCUGUUUUAUAACCAGAAAAAAAAAACCUUCCUCAAAGGAGCUUUUACCACUUUUGACCUUUUGGGUAUUUUUUAAAAACGAAUAUCUUUAUCUAUACUUAAGUAUUUUCUCUGUGCAGGAUUGUACUUCACUACAUUUUCCAUUUCAACAGACCAAAAAAAAAUUAAAAGUGAAAAAAAAGCACAUGCAUUCAAUCAACUGUAUAAUUGCCAGCUGCUUUAAAAACAUCUACUAUCUGACAGGUGAACUAACAUGAAGUGGAAAAGAACAUGCAUGCGCAAGGUGAGAUUACAACAAGAGAGUAAGAUAUAUAUUUAGAGAUUCAGCCUUCCAGGGUUAAUAAUUCAUCAGUGGAACAUUGCUUCUACAAAUCUGACUCCUCUUUCAUACCACAGUGAGGUAAACAGUGAGCUACAACCUGAUAUUCAUUAGGACUGGCUGUCCUGCAAGCUGAACUGCUUAUACAAUGAUCUCUGUGUACAGCCAGCUGUGACGUAAGGACAGAGGGGCCGUACAAAAAGCACAAUAUGACAAAAAAAUGUUAAAAAUAUUGAGUAGCUUUUUCAUUUAUAUAUUAAUGGUAGUCUAAACAGGACCACUUUUAAUAUGCAAUAAGUUUUAUUUGGCAGUACGGGUCUUCUUCCCUCUUCCCUUCCUCAUGCACAUGUGGCAGGGAGAGCACACUGUCCCUCUGUUUAGAGCAUAAACCAGGUCUUAGGUGGAGGAUAUGCAGGCUGCUGCAUUGUUGUUACAGAAGCUACUAUUUUCAACUACACAUGUGUCUGUAAUGCAGUCAGGCCAUUGUAUGAUUUAAUCUAGUAGAUAUCAUGUUGCUUUUUUUAAAACCAUAGCUUCAGUGUUAAAUCAAACAUAGGGUGGCUGCUCAUGUUGCUGGGAUUAUUCAGUCUGGUAUUUGUUUGAAUGACACUGGCUCCAGAUAGGAUUAAAAGCUUUCUGUUGUGAAUAACAGUUGGUUGAACAUUGAGCAGGCAUGCUGUUGAUAAAGUUUAAAGUAUUUCAUAUCUCUCAUUACGUUGCAGACAGUGUAUGUGUUAAUGUGUGUGACCAUGUGGAGGGGUUUCUAUCUUUUAGGGUUUGAAAAGGUGAAGUUCAAAGACGUGGGUUUACACGGUAGAUUUAAAUCUGCAGUUAAGCUCAUGCGUUCGCCUCUCAGAGUCUGAUCUCCUCAUAAGACACACACACCUGCAGCCAGGCAUCAUUCAUACAUGACUGAACAACAUGCAAUACCAUUUUUUGAAGUCGCACGUCAUGAUAACAGGCUUCAAGUCAAGAAUACACAUGUAGAGAUGGAAGAACAUCAAAAUCUUUAUCAGCGGUAAAAAAAAAAGAAGGGUCACAAUCAAACGAACUUUUAUAUAGCCAACCAAAACAGAAAGAGACAUUUGGAUAUCUGUGUGUUGAUCAGGUGUAUGGGGAUUGCAUUUUAACUAUUUAUGGAAGACAAGAAAGGCCACAGAUUAUCCUUUUCUUUUUGUGCACUCACGAUAACAACUUAUUAUCUUGUUAUCUCGAUGUAACAAAGAUUGUUUCCUCGUGAUAACAAAUUAUUAAAUAAUGUGUCUGCGCCAUUGUUACUAUUAUCGUCUGAUUCGCACAUGGCAGUUAAAAGUGUAAUGUGCAUGCGCAAAAAUGGAGUGUGACAUCAGCCAUUUCAUUGGAAAACCCAGCUUGCUGUUGACAAUGGAGGCUGACUGCAGCAUUUAAUAGAUGUCCCACUCUGGAGGGCACUUUUUUAAAUUACCGUUUUAGGUUGCCUUAAAUGCCAUUUCCAUUAUCACAAGAAAACAAACUUUGUAAUGUCAAGAUAACGGGAUACAAAGUCAUUAUCAUGAGAUAGCAGUGCACAAAAAAGAAAAAUCCAUGACCAUUUUUGUCUUCUGUAUUGCUUAGUGCCAGGGUCCUGUUCACCCUGAAGAUCUGAGGGCUCUCAAAGGCUCAAAGGCUUUUGUGAUAAAAGCAAAUCUGAUGAAAAACAAAAAAACAAACAAAAAAAAAAAGUUGAGCGACUCCUUUCAGAGUUUUGUAAACCAACAAAAGAAUCUUAAAACCAAUUCUAAAAGAUACUGGAAGCCAUUGCAGUCUAUAAAAUAGGUAUAAUGUGGGAGACAAGAAAAAAGAGCAUUACGAUAGUAGCAUGACCUAGUGUCUCUGCAUUGGCUUGAGACAGAAGCUGUCACAUUAACUGUUGGACAAUGUUUUUAAGCGAUAAAAUACUUUUUUUUCAGUAAAUCUGACAUGUGGUUUAAAGUUAAGGUCUGACUCAACAAUCACUCUGAGACUUUUGACCUGCUGACAUGAGUUUAAAGGAAGAGACUGAGCUUUGUACCCAGUUUCUCUCUCUGAGCUCUAGUACCAAUGACUAAAACCUGAGUUUUAUGUGGGUUGAGCUUAAAAAAGGUCUCUGCCAUUCACGACUCAAUAUCUAAAUUCCAGUUUAAAAAAAGAAAUUAAUAGGCUCUGGGUCCUCAGGAGACAUGGCAAUAUAAAAGUGUGUGUCAUCUGCAUAGCAAUAGAAGUUCAUGCCAUACCUCUCGAUUAUUAUCAGGUAAGGUAUAGAGAUUAAAAAGUGUAGGACCUACAAUAGACCCCUGGGGGACACCACAAUUAAUUCUAUAAUGAUGAAUGCUCACCUGUACUAACAUGAUACUAUACUGAUAUAUAUGCCAAUAACAUUGUGCAGCCUGUCUGAAAAAAUUUUGGGUGCACUUGAGUCAAACAGCAGAAGAACGGAGGGCAUUAUCCAAUCCGUGUUUGGUGUGCUUGAUCAGGUUGUCCUCAAUGAUGCUCUUGCUAAGAAAUAACUAUUGCCAACAAACUUGACCAAUCUCAAUAAAGUAUCUUAAACAGCCAGGUGAUAAGUGAACAAAGCUUCACUUCGGCAUAUUAAAUAUGCCGUCUUACCUUGGAACUCUUUGGGUAUGAUCCAAGUAUGAUUUAGAAAACUGCUGGUAAGAAAGAUGACUCGACUAACUUCAUAACCUACUGCCUGUUGAUCUGAAUAAACAGAACAAAAUUGGUCAGAUAUGGAAUGCAGUGAUAAAAUGACUAAAAUAAUUGUGCUUUCAGUGCCUGUGAUGGUGCAUUAAUUCAGAGGAGAGGAAAGGAAGUUAAAUAUUCCAAUGCAGCUUUAUUGGAAUAUAUAUGGGUUUAUGCCUAGCUCUGAUUUUGUGUAUUUUAGAUGACCAAAGCCUGUGUGCUGGCUCUGCUGCUCUUCUGGGCCUGUCCACUGGACCUCUACAGGACCCCCUAUGAGGACAGACAAGACCGGGAUUCUAGCUGGGACAGAGUGCAACCACAGGACUACCAUCAAGAUGACAGGUACCUUUUUUGACCAGCCUGCCUGGUUAGUUUUAUUUCCAUUUUAAAAAUACAGACAAAAGAAGAAAAGUUAAUGUUAUUUACUGUAUGUACCUUCCCAAAAAGAUGAGACACUGUAAAAUGUUAAUGAUUGGGGUGGGAAUUGUAGUAUAUGAUUUAAAAAUACAGAAGCAUGUGUUUGACCCUGUUGAAUGCCUGGGUUUAGUUGUACUGUAUGUAAAGGCGCAGGGAGGUGAGGGAGUGUCGACGCUGCUGUGACCCGGAAGAGGAGAAUCCCCAACAGUACCCCAACCAGCACUACCCCCAGUACCACAUAGUGCCACAGAUCAACAUCACCCUGCUCAAGGGUAAGACCUUUAAAGCACUGGAUAUUUGUAUAGGCCUUGCAUUAUGUUGCUGUUGCACCCAUUAAACCUCUGCAAGUGAGGCAAAAUAAUGUCAUGCAUUUCACAACAACACUGCAACCAUUGCGCAGCAAAUAGCAUUAUUGUCCAUCUCUUAAACUUGAACCCGACUAUUCCUGCAUCUCUUAGGUGAGAAAGGGGAUACAGGAGAACGUGGACCUUAUGGUAAAUCGGGCAGGGCUGGUCAGACGGGUCUUCCAGGUCCGGCUGGCGCAAAGGGCAAUAAAGGCAGCAUGGGCCUUCCUGGUGAACCUUGCAAGUCUUACUUCGCAGCCUUCUCUGUUGCUCGCAAAAAGGGUCUGCAAUCCAACGAGUACUACCAGACUCUGGUUUUUGACACAGAGCUCGUCAACCUCUACGGUCACUUCAACAUGUUCACCGGUAAGUUCUACUGCUACGUGCCUGGUAUCUACUACUUCAGCCUGAACGUCCACACAUGGAACCAGAAGGAGACGUACUUGCACGUGAUGCACAAUGAGCGGGAGGUGGUGAUCCUCUAUGCCCAACCCAGUGACCGUUCCAUCAUGCAGAGUCAGAGCCUGAUGCUGGAUCUGGAGAGCAGUGACCAGGUCUGGGUCAGACUCUUUAAAGGGGAGAGGGAGAACGCCAUCUUCAGUGAUGAGUUUGACUCUUACAUCACCUUUAACGGACACUUGAUUAAGCCAAAGAGUGAGCUGUAGGUAGGAGGCGGGACAAGAGUAAGAUUACAUCUACUAGCAGGUAAAUAAGGACAAAAGUGGUCUAAAACUACCCUGAUCUAUUAUAAAUAUGUUAUGGAACAAUAUUUAAUGACAGGACAGAAACAUUAAUUGAGUGUAGUGCUAGUUCGGGCAGGCUAUGACCUUAAACUCAGCCAGUAGAUCAGCUGAGCUCAAUCUCACCCCAUAUCAGCUGAUAGCCCAGCUGAUAAACUCCCAUACAUCUAACUGACAAAUGUCAGAAUGGCUGUUCUAAUAAACUGCCUACUCCCCUACUUCCUUCUUAAUUCUGCCUCCAAUCCAGCUCCUCCUGUUUCUCUAUCUUUGAUUUUACCGGUGUUAGAUGUACAGUCACCGAUGGGUGUCUUUGCUGCUGCUCUGCCUGCACCAGGUUUUGGCAUUCCGCAUAUGCACAUGGAAGGGCAGGGAGCUCUCAGAACAAAGCCUUUCUGCCUAUUAGAACCUACUGCAUGCAAAUAUUCUCUUAAUUUUGAUGAAAGUGGUCCUGACUGAACUCACCUUCAAAUAAUUAAGUACAUUGUGGGACAUUUAGUCAAAAUCCAUUGAUACAGUAUUAUUUCCUUAUGCUCUAGCCUCAAACACCUUUUUGAUGAUUUAAAUGUCUUUUGACCAUCGUGCUACAGAGAUGUAGAGAGGAGAAAAAGUGUCUUGUAAAUCUCAUCAUCUUUCUUAUCUUUUUCUUGGAUUUGUCUGUUGCAUUAAGUAUUUGUUGGUGGGUCUUCUUUGUAGGUUGGAUUAGUAAUUUUUGUGUUUUGCUUGAAUGUCUGAGCACUUUGUAAAACCCUAUCUUUCAAGGUGCUAUACAGUGGUGGACGAGCUACAAGCUACUUCAUUGCUUGAGUCCAAAGGUAGAUACUCCUGGUCAAAUAGCAAUCUAGUGGAAGAGAAAGUCACUCAGUCAAAUUAAUACUUGAGUUAAAGUACUUGAGCACCUGCUUUGUAAAAUACUGAUGUAUUCAAACUACUUAAAAUCCUUUAAAUCUUAUAUUUUCACAAUACAUCAAUGCAGUCAAGAUUUCAUUCAUAUAUAUUGUUUAUUUACAUUAUUAGCAUUUUCUGGAGUUUGCGCACGGUAAACAGAGUGAAUAUCUAGGAAUAUAAAGAAAUCUUAUUUCAAUGCAAAAACCAAAAACAUGGGCAUAAGAUGUGGCUGUGGGUACCUAGGUAGAGAAUCAACUUUCUCUGUGAUGGUCCAUAUUACUAUCACUAAAUGAACAGCCUAAUCUGGGUGAUGUUUACUCUGUUGAACCAUGGAGACACAGAUAAGGUACGCAUUAUUGUCUUUCAGGUUGAAUUUUAGAAACAAUAAAAUAAUUCAUCAAAGUAGCAAAUAUACUGUAGUAAAGUAGUGAAGCUAAAUUGUGGCAUUGGUCUUUUAUAUGUAGUGGAGUAAAAGUUAUACGUUUACACAAACACUAAGAUACUUUUGGACAGUACUCAAGUAAAUUUACUUCAUUGCUGUCCACCACUGGUGCUAUAUAAAUAAAGCUAUUAUUAUUAUUAAUAAUAAAUUAUCUUAUUGUCCUCUAACUACUGUGUUUAAAGCUGAUUGGUGUCAUUUUGUGUGUAGCUGAAUGUUUUUUUUUCCAAAUAUUUUAAAAAUGCAAAUGUGGAUGGAGAAACUAGGGGUGCAUCGAAAGGGGUGCUAACGGGUGGCUCUGCCCCACCUUGAAAUCUGAUUAACCAACCCCAAAUCUUCAGUUACCAUUUUGCAGUGAUUGAAACAAGACUUAUACCAAAAGCACCCAUCUGUGCUGUGUUAUAACAGGCUGGCUGAAGGCUUUUUUUGUAUGUUCAGUGUAGCACAAAUUUCUCAUGUUAGUGCCCUAAAUCAUGACUUUGAACGAACUUCUUUUCAAGUCCUGAAAGAAUAAAGCUCAGAAGAGAUGAACUGUAUGUUUCCACUCUGCUCAUAAUUUUUGGCUUCAAAGAGAAACACAGCAGUGUUAUGAAAUAAUGAAACCAUAGAUUUUAAAACAGAAGGGGAAGGCAGAAAGGGUAAACGCUACAAACUAGUGUGCGUACACAUACAGUACCUCAGCCACCCCUGCCUGACUUGUGGGGUCCAUAAUAGUACAUACACCUAAAAUACAUCAGAUUUUAUCCAGUGCUUUAUCAGUGACCCUCAAAGAACUUUACAUUGGAUACAUCAUUCAUACAUAACCUCUAACCCCUGUGGUGGUAAACUACCUUGGUAGUUACAGCUGCCCUGGGGCAGACUAAUGGAAACAUGGCUGCCAAUCUGUGCGCACGGCCUCUCCGACCACCACUAAACAUCAAUCACAAGCAGAGGACACACACUGGGAUCAAGGUGGGUUAAGUGUCUUGCCCAAGGACACAACAGACAGACCAGGGAUAGGGGGGAAUUGAACCACCAACCUUCCACUUGUUGGACGAUCACUAUACCGCCUAAGCUACUGCAGCCCAGAACAGCUGCAGAGUGUAACAUAUGAACUACAGGUCACUUUGCUAUUCUGCAGUUGAUUUGUUGGUCAUUUGGUGACUUUUGUACUUUUACCAUACUAAGUGAACCACAUAUCUAUAGUCUUCUUAUUAAAUCGUGCAAAAUGUUCUAUUUUGUUGUGCUCAUACCCGCAAAGUUAACACCUAAAAGCCAAAGUAUCAUGAGAGGAUAGCUGUUUCAACACAUCCUUCAUCAAAAAAUGUUUCUUAACUAUCUGACCUAUUCUUCAGUCAGGAAUCUGUACAUGGUGUUUUGUUCUGAAAUUAACUGGCUGUUACAUGUUGCUCCCAUGUCUGACUCCCUGUCCAAGAUUUCUCUGUAUCAGCUUGAUGCGUGCUGAAUAGAGCAAAGUGAGGAGACACCUCCGUGUUCCUUCCUUAGGUAUGAACAUGUAUUAGGACAGGCAUGAACUAGCUCUGAAGUGUGCCGCAUUGAUGCCAUGACACAAUUCCUGUGGAACUUGGACUUCAGUCAGUGCCCUGGGUGGGUCACGCCAGUCAAAGAGUCUGGACACGCCUCUGGGAACACCUAUACCUGUCAUGUCUACCAAAACAAACGGGCUUUCUGAUGGCAAUGCACUGAAAAAUAGACAGAUAUUAUGUAAACUACGCUCACACUUGCAUUUAAGACUUUCAAUAAAAAUUUCAUUCAAAAAAUAAAAUAAAAAAUAAGAAAGAUUACAUGGUCCUGUCUGUAGUGGUAGGGGAAGAUCUGACCAAAACCUCCUGUAAUGCACUUAGUAUUGACAAGUUUCUCAUAUAAGCUCAGUGUACAAAAAAAAUAUUUCUAUAUCUGUAUCUAUAUAUUUAUCCUUUUGAGUUACAAUGUCAAAGUUACAACGUUUGACAGCCUACACGAUGAUAGCCUACUAUCCUUGUAUUGAAUCAAGUCACUGUAAAAGCAUGUUGAUCAUUCAGACAGUAUUUUAGGUCUUGAGAUGCCAUUUUCUUAUGUUUUGGCUCUAUUCAAAAUUUUACAUUAACUUUAGUGUACAGAAUAAAAUACAGUUGGUAAAUAAAAUAAUGAAAAAAGAAAAUAAGAAUAAGAAAAGAUUCAAAAAUUAAAAUGAAGUAUCCCAAGACACAACAUGGAAUUUAAAGACGUGCCUUGCAUAACUGUUUACUUACAUCAGAGUAGCUGCACUCACAUCAAAGUUUUAUUCCUUUAGGACUAAAGACAAAGGAUUUUUGUUCUAAAUCAAAAUUUAAACUCCUGCAUAAAGUCCUACCUUAAAAAAAAUCAAUUUAUGGAGAAGAUUCAGUAUUGUGAAUAAAUGGAUUUUUAAAGUUAGAAAGUUGAGUGAUUCCUCUCCUACAUACCUGUCUUAUAAAACUGACGUGUGUAUUGUAUUUUUCUACAAUUAAAGUACCGGCAAAAGGAAAUAUGCUUGCAACAAUGUGCAACAUUUAAAUGCAAAGAAGGCCGCCGGCAGCCUGCUGUAACAGUCCUUAUAAAAAAAAUUUAAUACAAGCCUCUGACAAAGUAAAUGGCAAUUAUAGUCCAUAAUUUUGGAGAGGAACUUUCAAAUGGGGCCUCUAGCCCCCAUGUGGACACACCCCUGCAGUUCCCAGGAUGUGGAGAAAUAUUUAUGUAAAAUCACUGUGACUAGAAUUGUCAUGAAUUUGCUCUGUUACCACAAUCCCAAACACCUGUAAGCAAUGAACACAUUUUGAACACUCAACAUUUAGAAUUUUAACAUAUUUAAAUGUUUAUUUAUUUAAAAUCCUGUAUCCUGAUCUUGGCAUGGAGUUGACUGAUUCAGUUUGUAAGGAGAGGACAGCCAGGAUCCACCGAGGCUGUAUUAAUGUCUGACUGCAGCUGAUUUAGUCUGAAGUUCUGUAUUGAUGACACUAUUCAAAUGAAAGAUGAACAAAAGCAUUUACGCUCUCUCUUCUUAACUGUGGAAAUACUGACUGGCAUUGAUUUCAUGGAAUCACCACAUGAUGGCAGCAUUCACCAACACUGCUUUAGGUGACCCUCCUGCGUGGCUGCGCUGAGAUCAGUUAUUUGUUUUAUCACAGCUCUGAUACUGACGUCUUGCAGCUGUCGGGUGAACAUGCAGGAAAGUGAAUCACAUCAACUUUAAAAUCGACUUUCAUCAUCCAGACUCCACCUGAUGUGUUAAGGCUCUUUGUGGGAGACCAUAACCACUUUGCUUUUGAGUUUUCUGAGCAGAUUUUAGUCUCAUAGCCCUCCUCUG